GUACAGUUUUACAAAGAAGAAAAUACAGAGAAAAUACUAGUGAUUUCACAGAUUUAUACAUGAAAUUCGCUCUCAUACUUAAGGAAUAACAUCAAAAAAGAUCAAUGAAACUUUUAAGGACAUUUUGAGUAUGGGAAUAUUGUUUAUUCACGUCGACCUGGGCCAGAUUGACUCUUCAAAUCAAAGUCAAAAUGUCUGCCAAUGUACCGCGAAAUAACCUUGCUGAGCAACUUGCUGCUUUUAAUAAGAGCAAAGUGAAUGGUGCUACAACAAAGAAGGUUUCCUCCGCUGAGAAAAGUUCUAGCAUAUUCCGUUUCUUCAAAAAGACAAAUGAAAAUGACAAGAUCUCCAAGAGUAACAUGUCCUAUAAUCCUCAGCCAACAUCUUUGUUGACAAACAAUUGCGGUAAAAAAGUUGCCUGUGUCCAGCCAUUUACAAACAGUUCAUUCUCUAACAACAUUACCACCAGUAUUCCUGAYGAUGAUGAUGAUGAUUUUACUUCUGUGACAUCUUCGCCUUUUGCCAAGAGGAUCAAGCUGCAGACAACAAAACCACUGAAUGACGUAACCAACCAUAACACUAAAAAAUCUCUGAGUUCGGUAGUAGAUCUGGUUCAAGAUGAUGAUGAUCAAGCACAAGCAAUUCCACAACCAACAGCAAGAAAGUCAUUUAAUACACUAUCAAUGGUGAAUGACAAAAGCAAUGAUGAAGAUACCUAUCAAGAACUCCCCAUURAAAACCAUGCUAUUGAAAAUGAAGMUUUCCUGGACAAUGACUGGAAUGAUGGCUUUGAUAUUGAAAAUGAUAUGACCUCUGCUCUACAGAAAGAUUCAGAUACUGAAGUGUUUGAUGAGCCUCCGYGUAGCCCAAGUCCACCGGCAUACUAUUCACCACCACCAUCCCCUAUUGAAACAAGACAAGUUGGUAUUGAAGAGGAAGAAGAAGAUAUUGAAGACUUUGACUGGCAGCCAUGCCAUUCUUCAGCUGUCAUUAUAGAAGAACCACCUAUGAAUAUAGUAGAGCAGCAAUCUGAUGAAAAUUUAUCUGAGUUAGAAAUCAAAGAUCAAUUGACUGGUGUACAAAGUGAGUUGAUGAAAACAAUGGAAGAUAUCUGUACUAUGAUUGACAAAGUCAAACCCUCUUCACUAAAGUCACUACCUGGUUUGGACAUGAACAAGCUUGACAGCAAACAAAGUCUCAGGAAAAAGCUCCGCUCCAAGGCAAGUAGAUUGGAAGCCAAACUGAAAAAAAGAAAAGAUGCUGUCUGCAACUCAACAGCAACACGUUCUAUAAGCUAUGCAAGUCCUCAGCUACAUACAUCCACAAUAUCAACAAUAAUGGACAAGACACCUCUCCUUAAAUCACCGCCAUGUGGCGAUGGCUUCUUCCCAAGCCCUUACCUUAUUAACGACAAAGAAAAGAGCCAUCUACCUGCAAGCAACAAUAACAUCAAAGCAGCCGGUAAUAUUCCUGAUGAGAUUUGUGAGUUGUUUAAAGACAGUCAAGAGGAUCUGGAAAUGGCACGUUUGUUGGAAGAAUCGUAUUUCAACCGAAAAAGUCCUUCUAUUGCCUCUUCAAGUGUGUCAAACAUGACACCCAAGAAUACGUCUUUUAAGAAGGGCCUGAAUAUAAGCAGCUCAUCACAGAGCUCAUCACAGAAGGGAUUUGCUAGUAGUCCAUCACCUCAAAAGAACUCCUUGAUGCCUAAUGAUGGUGACGAUGUUGAGUUGUCCCGCACAGAUUUUCCUUACUCUAGAGACAUGUGGAAAAUACUUAGAGAUAUCUUCCAUAUAAAGAGUUUACGUACCAACCAAUUACAAGUCAUUAAUGCCUCCAUGAUGAAGAAGAACUGUUUUGUGUUGAUGCCUACUGGAGGAGGGAAGAGUUUGUGCUAUCAAGUAACGGCAUUGCUGGGUCAGGGGGUSACGUUUGUAGUGUCUCCACUCAAAUCUUUAAUCCAAGAUCAGGUUCAAAGGCUGACAUCAAUGAGGGUAUGUGUUGAACCUGACUACAAGAAUCUAUCCCAAGUGAUCAACAAGUAUAAAGGGGUUCCUGUAAUGGCACUAACAGCCACUGCUACACCACGGGUUAGAACAGAUAUUGAAAACCAACUCAAAHUGGUUAACAGUAACACCAAGAGAUUUAGUCAAAGCUUUAACAGACCAAACUUAAAGUUCCAAGUGGUUCCCAAGAAGAAGACCCUAGAUGAAAUCAUGACCUUGAUUAAAUCUAAAUAUCAGAAUUCCUCUGGUAUAGUCUAUUGCCUCUCAAGGAAUGAAUGUGAGCGUGUUGCUGACAAGUUAAARGCUUCUGGAAUUAGUGCUGUGCCUUACCAUGCUGGCCUUGGUGAUCAACAGAGAGUCAGAAUACAAGAGACAUGGAUCAAGGGACGUGUCAAGGUUGUUUGUGCCACCAUCGCCUUUGGGAUGGGCAUAGACAAGGGUGAUGUUAGGUACGUUAUUCAUUACUCUUUGCCCAAGUCACUAGAAGGAUACUACCAAGAAUGCGGCAGAGCUGGAAGAGAUGGCAAAAAGGCCGAGUGCAUUUUGUUCUAUUCUUAUGGCGAUAUGCUCAGGAUUAGAAGAAUGAUUGAAGGAGACAAGACUGUGGGUGCCACAGACGUCCACAUGGAUAACCUUUUCCGYGUAGUCCAAUUCUGUGAAAACCAAACCGAGUGUAGAAGAGUACAGCUACUCCACUACUUUGGUGAAACAAACUACGACAAAAGAGAAUGCGCAGCCAAUCAGGACACAGUUUGCGAUAACUGCAGUGGUUCUGUKGAUUACGUGAAUAAGGAUGUCAAUGAAAUAGCUAAAGCGUUUGUAAAGACCGUGAAUAACGUAGUCCAUAAUGGCACAUGGAAUAAGCCGAAGAAUGUGCGCUAUCCUUURAGUCACUUUGUAGACAUAUUUAAGGUAAUAAAUCAGUUAUGA